CAUUAUGCCCGUCGUUUACAUUAUCUUCUACUCACUCUAUGGCCACGUUUACACUUUAUCAGAAAGUGUGAAGCAAGGUCUUGAGUCUCAGGGUAUUACUGUCAAGGUGUUCCAGGUUCCUGAGACAUUGUCUGAAGACAUUCUCGAGAAGAUGCAUGCUCCCCCAAAGCGGGAUAUCCCUGUAAUUACAGUUGAAGAGCUCUCCAAGGCUGAUGGCUUUUUGUUUGGUAUUCCAACUCGCUUUGGUACCAUGCCCGCCCAGAUCAAAGCCUUCCUUGACUCUACUGGCCAAUUGUGGGCUACUGGUGCCCUUGCCGGAAAGUUUGUUGGUACCUUCUUCUCUACUGCUGCCCAGUCUGGUGGACAGGAGACCACUGCAUUCACCACCAUCACAUACUUUGCCCAUCACGGUAUGAACUAUGUACCUCUCGGUUUUGCCAAUGCCAACAUGUUUGAUACCACUGAGGUCAUUGGUGGUUCUCCUUAUGGUUCUGGUACUGUUGCAAAUGGAGAUGGAUCUCGUCAGGUUUCUCAGAAGGAAAAGGAUAUUGCUUCAACUCAGGGUGAGAAUUUUGGAAAGAUUAUUCAGACUUUCCAUAAAGGAAGUAAGAUUCUCAAUGGAGAGGCUUCCGAGCCUGCGGAUAAGGUUCAGACUAUUGCUACCGAGACUCUUUCUGUCGAGCCUCCUGUCGUCACCGAGGAAAAGCCCAAACCUGCCCAGGAAAGCUCCCGAUCUGUUGCAAUUCCUGCCGAUUCUGAUUCCCCAAAGAAAUCCAGCAAAUGCUUCUGCAUGUAAACCAUGCGAUUCCCAUCCCUUUUAUCUUUUCUUUAAAGAAGAGAUAACUAUAAUUAUUACUGCAAAAAUCACCUAUUUACUUAUUUUUAUACUACUAUCUUAUUCAAUACCAUUUACCAUUUAUAUUAUACUACACAUUUACUUUGCAUUUGAUCCGUUUAAUCAAUAAAUUACGUGUCCUGCACUCAUAAACUCCU